AGGCCGCCGUGGGCGCGGGCGACGCCCUGGCGAAGAAGGUGGCGCAGUGGGUGGCGGCGGGCAAGGCCCACGGGCUGCCCAAGAACACCGUCGACCAGAUUGUGGCGGUGAGCCGCUGGGCCAUGGAAAACAACGACUCCAAGUGCAUCACGCACGCGCUGUCCGAGGGCGCGGGCGGGGCGCUGCGACUGGUGCCGCUGGAGGACCUGCACCUGCGGUCGGAGGACGUGGCGGGGCUGGAGGCGCUGGCAGGCACGGGCGCCAGGAUCCCGAGCAUCAGCGCGGUCUACUUCGGGGAGAAGCUGCAGGACGCCCCCCAGUGGGACGCCUUCUGGCAGAAGUGCGGCGCCAAGGCUCUGGGCUUGGCGUGUGUGGGGGGGGUUAGCCCAAGGCGGGGUCAGCAGGCGAGUCCAUCCGGAAGCCGAU